AUGGAGCGGAGAGAAGAAAAUAGGAAGUCUGAUGAAGAACUUUUGUUUAUGGCGUAUCAUCAUAGUCAAGACUUGGUGAGAGUUUUCUUGGACAGAACCCUGACCUCGCGUCUGGGAAUCCGGAUGCUAGCAAUGCAUCAUUUGGCCCUUCGUGACGAGAAACGAGUUCAAGACCAUAUUGGAAUCAUCAACACAGCCAUGCGACCGCAGAGUCUGAUUGUCAAGUGGUGCGAGUUUGUUCAGCGAAUGUGUCAGCACAAGUAUACCAAAAAGCCGACUUUCAAGAUUGUGGGGAACGUGAAUGCCGUUUUCCCGUAUAUACCUAUACCGUUGGAUUAUAUCCUGCCUGAACUGCUCAAGAAUGCUGCAAGAGCAACGAUCGAGAACAAUCCUGGCAGUUGUGAUGAGGACAUUCCGCCAAUCUUGAUCACAUUGGCAAACAACAACUUGGAUUUCAUCAUCAGAAUUUCCGAUCUGGGAGGUGGAAUACCUCACGAGCUGCAGGAUAAAGUCAUGAUGUACAACUUUUCAACAGCGCAUGACGAAGAUCCGGAUGCCGAUAAGCCUCUGUUUCAGACCAUGAUGGAUUCUGUGAAUCCCGGCAUGACUCGAGGUCCUAUGCAUGGUUUCGGAUUCGGUUUGCCGACGAGUAGAGCAUAUGCGGAAUACUUGGGGGGCUCAUUGUCGGUCGUUUCAAUGCAAGGACACGGCACUGACGUUUAUCUUCGACUGGGCCACAUCAAUGGAAAGUUGGCGACAUUCAGGAUCUGAAAACUUAUUUGUCGAGAACCGGUUGUUGUCGGAGUCGAGGUAUGGUGAAGAUGGUCAACGACAACUGUAAUUGCUGAUGAACCCCACCACCACUUUGUCGAUGCGAAGAAGAAACUUUUGACUUUUUUUUGGUUCCUUUGAAAAAGAAAAAGAAAACUGAAUUCAGGUGGCUUGACUGAAGUGAGGCUGAAGUGCUAGUGUGCUUUUUUUUUAUUAUUUCAAAGCGAUUUCGAUGUCUGGUUUAUUUUUAAUUUUUUUCAGUUUUUUUUGAGAACGUGUCGGGAGGGUUUUCUGCCUCUUUUUUUUCCUGUUGUUGCGGAAUGCGUGAGGUAAUGAGGUUGUUCAUAUUGUGCGAUGGUUGAGAAUUACACCUUACCUAACCAAAAGUUUAAA